CACACACACACACACACACACACACACGGAACAGGAGGGAGAGGUAAGAAAGGGCUAACUGGGGAAGUCUCGAGCUAGGUUCUAAUCUUCACUACCCCACUAAAAAUCUGUGGGGUAAUUUUCCUCUUCAAGCCAUAGUGGCCAUAUCUGUAAAGUGAAAUAAUACUUGCUUUCUGUAUCUGUAUCAAUUGAGGCAGAACAUGAAGGCACAUCAGCAGCUAGAGAAACUACUCUGGGUCUAAAGUGACAUUGCCUGUUGUACUUUUGUGUUUGUCUAAUGCUGCUUUUGCCUAGAAAGGAUAUAAAUCCAGAAGUAUUAAAGGAACUACUAAUGGAAUUAUAUUUUGAUCCACUGAACCACAUUUUUUUGAAGCUUUCCCCAAAGUGUCUAUAGCAACUUAACUGCCAGCUUCUCCCAACCCUCCUUUUAAAACUAAGCCUUUCAGCAAGUAGAAUCUAAGCUUUCCAUGUGUGCUGGGUACGGUGCUAGGGGCAUAAGUGGCAGUGAACAGUGUUGACAGCCCUUAUAAAAUAAAGGCAACAUUACCAUGACAGCAACAUGGGAACUCUGGCCGUUUUGAUUCUUUGACUGUAAGUAUCUGAACAUGGGAUUAACCAAAAAGUUACUUGUACACAGGCCUAUAAAAUGAUAUUGUUAUUGUUACUGUUUUGUGAACACUUCCUAGUCUGCUGCCUAUAUAGGCCCUCUGCCCUCUCAACCCUAUACAAAAACUUUUACUUUCUUUCCACUCUUGUUACUCUUGUUUAACUAUUUGGAGCUUUCUCAGUCUAAGACUCCUAGAUUGUAAUUCCCGAGACUCCAUAAAGUCCUGUUGAGUUUAUAUGCUCUGCAUUUAAAUUGAUUAACACCCUCACAACCGUAAGAACUAAAGGGAAAGCCAAUGAAACCCUUAGAACUGUGCAGUCAGAUCUGCAUUUGUCUACAGGAUGAUGAAAGGACUGGACAUGUUGGCCAUUUGUCUAAGAAGGAAAGAAGGAGAAUCAACAGUGGCAUAAGCAAGAGAAUCAUGGUGUCAUGGAAGGGAAUUUACUUUAUACUCUUCCUGUUUGCGGGAAGCUUUUUUGGAAGUAUUUUUAUGCUUGGUCCCAUUUUACCUUUGAUGUUUAUAAACCUGUCAUGGUAUCGCUGGAUUAGCAGCCGUCUUGUGGCUAUGUGGCUAACACUUCCUGUGGCAUUGUUGGAAACCAUGUUUGGUGUGAAAGUAGUUAUAACAGGAGAUGCAUUCGUACCUGGAGAGAGGAGUGUCAUUAUCAUGAACCACCGGACAAGGGUGGACUGGAUGUUCCUGUGGAAUUGUCUAAUGAGGUACAGCUACCUCAGGCUGGAGAAGAUUUGCCUCAAAUCCAGUCUCAAAAGUGUUCCUGGAUUUGGCUGGGCCAUGCAAGUUGCUGCCUUUAUCUUUAUUCAUAGGAAGUGGAAGGAUGAUAAGAGCCAUUUUGAAGACAUGGUUGACUAUUUCUGUGCCAUCCAUGAACCACUACAACUUCUCAUCUUUCCAGAAGGAACUGACCUCACAGAAAAUAACAAGGCUAGGAGUAACGAUUUUGCUGAGAAGAAUGGACUUCAGAAAUAUGAGUAUGUAUUACACCCAAGAACCACCGGCUUUACUUUUGUGGUGGACCGUCUAAGAGAACGUAAGAACCUCGAUGCUGUCCAUGACAUCACCGUGGCAUAUCCUUACAACAUUCCUCAAACCGAGAAGCACCUUCUGCUUGGAGACUUUCCCAAGGAGAUCCACUUCCAUGUCCAUAGGUAUCCAGUCGACACUCUUCCCACAUCCAAGGAGGACCUUCAGCUCUGGUGCCACAAGAGGUGGGAAGAAAAGGAAGAGAGGCUUCGGUCCUUCUACCAAGGAGAAAAAAACUUUCACUUUACUGGGCAGAGCACAGUUCCACCUUGCAAGUCUGAGCUCAGAGUCCUUGUGGUCAAGCUACUGUCCAUACUGUACUGGGCCCUGUUCUGCUCUGCAAUGUGCCUGCUUAUCUAUCUCUACAGCCCUGUUCGGUGGUAUUUUAUAAUUAGCAUUGUGUUCUUCGUGCUGCAGGAGAGAAUAUUUGGUGGACUGGAAAUCAUCGAACUUGCAUGUUACCGCUUUUUACACAAGCACCCACAUUUAAAUUCAAAGAAAAAUGAGUAAGACGGUGGCGUUCACUGUGAAAACCUAGGAUUGUCACGGGAAUGUCAUAGUCUUUGUAAACUGAGAUGAGUUUUGCAUGACUAUGUCAAAUGUUUCUACUGUCAUCAUUCUUUGUUAAAGACAUUUUGCACUUAAUUUUGUGGAGGAAAUAUUGCUAUGGUUUCUUUAAAAUCUCUGAAUGUAA